AUGGCACCGCGGCUGCAAGACUGCAAUUCUGUGACAUGGGGCGAGCAUGACGGGCGUGCCUCGUCGUCCGGGAACCUCAACACGGGCAACCUGGCCGAGGAGGCAGUGAUUGAUGAUGAUGACGAGGUACAGUGCGGCGAUUUGAGCGACGAAGAGUCGGGUCGUUUGGUUGCCCGAGGCGAAAGAAGGAGAUCAUCUGUCGGAAACCGCCUCUCGGCCAUGGCUGAUGUCGGCGGCGUCAACAGUUUUCGGUCCUUUGCGCGCAGCUGGCAGCGCGCCGCCGAAUUUGCCGAAGUGAUCCCCCGACGGCCAAGCAUCGUCUACAAUGACGCCGCCGAGUGGCGGGACGGCGCGAGUGAGGAGGAGAUAUACUAUGCCCGCAGCCCCGUCGAGGCAACGCCUAUCGUCCGCUCGGGGUUGCUCUCUCAGCAUCUUGAAGGGUCAGCAACGCCCACAGAAUCGAUACCCUGUGCUGGUCACGGGCUGGACGGCGAUGACGGGGCCGCGCAGGAGGACUUUCGCGCCCGCGAGGGCAAACUUCUGGACGUCGAGACGGCGGCCGGCGCGCUUCCAUCCGACUCAUCCUCCAGUCGGUCAAGCAUCUUUGCCGCGCCGCACCUCUCGUCGCCGUCCAUCAUCGGAAGCUACGGCUCACAGUACGGCACCAUGAUCUCGGGCAACCUGCGGCCGCGUGCCUCCAUCGCCCACCACGGCCGGCGGCGGCGGUCGAGCGGCGGCGGCGGCGGCGGCGGCUCGCUCGUCCACGACGACCCGGCCUUUGGCGAGGAGAACCCGAUCCUGGUCAAGGAGGUCAAGCAGGGCAAUAAGGUGGUGCUUACCGUCGACGGGCAGAGCACGCUGCCGCAGUCCACCUUCAACGCCAUCAACGCCAUUAUCGGCGUCGGCAUGCUGAGCCUGCCGCUGGCGUUCCGCAUGAGCGGCUGGGUGCUGGGCCUCGGCAUCCUCACCCUCACGGCGGCGGUGACGGCCCACACGGCCAACCUUCUGGCGCGAUGCAUGCGCCGCGAUGUCACCCUCAUCACCUACUCGGACCUGGCGUACGUGUCGUUUGGCACCCGCGCGCGCGUCGUCGUGUCGGCGCUCUUCACGCUCGAGCUGCUGGCCGCCUGUGUCGCGCUCGUCAUCCUCUUUGCCGACUCGCUGGACUUGCUGUUCCCCGAGGUUGGCGACACCACGACGUGGAAGUGCGUCUGCGCCGCACUGGUUUUUUUCUUGAACAUGCUGCCGCUGCGGUGGCUGAGCUACACCAGCGUCGUGGGCAUCUUUUCUACGUUUUGCAUUGUUUGCAUUGUCAUCACUGAUGGGCUGAUUAAGAAGGAAAGCCCAGGUUCGCUAUGGGAGCCUGCCGACACUCACCUCUGGCCAUCGAACUGGCUGGCUUUGCCUUUGGCGUAUGGCUUGAUGGCCAGUCCUUGGGGCGCGCAUUCCGUGUUUCCCUCGAUUUAUCGAGAUAUGCGGCAUCCCCAUAAAUGGGGCAAGGCUGUCAGGGUCACCUUUUCGUUCUCCUACGUAUUGGAUACCUGUCUCGCCAUCAUUGGCAUUCUCAUGUUUGGAGACGGCAUCCGCGAGGCUAUUACCUCCAACAUCCUUCGCACCGACGGCUUUCCGCCGGCUCUCACCCUCUUCAUGUGCGUGUGCGUUGCCGUCAUCCCACUCACUAAGAUCCCGCUUAGCUCGCGGCCGCUCAUCACCACAGCCGACGUCCUCUUCGGUCUUCAUUUCGAGGCGCAGCAGCAUACCGAAAGCGGCAAUGGCGAGAUCGGCCGCCCCUGGGUGCGAAGUGUACAGCGUGCCAGCGUGCGCGUCGGCGUCGUUGUCCUUCUCCUCGUCAUCUCCAUCGUCUUUCCCGCUUUCGACUCGGUCUGUGCGUUUCUCGGCGCCGCUCUUUGCACACUCAUCUCCGUCAUUUUGCCGAUUGCAUUCUAUCUGAAGCUUUUCUGGAAUAAUAUAUCACGGAUGGAGCGCAUCGUCUCCUGGGCCAUCAUUGUUUUGUUCGCUGUCCUGGGCUUGAUGGGCACGGCUUGCACGUUUUUGCCCAAGAGUGUAGUUGACGCCUAG